AUGGGCAAAAUCUCUGUGCUGAGCGAUGGAUUCGUGGACAAAAGGCCCGACAGCCAGCGCAGCCGUCGAGGGGUACUUAAAAGAGGAUCCAAGUGGCUUGUGGAGAAAUCCAGGAAAUCACCCGGGUGGCUUGCUGAAAACCUCAAUCUCAAGCUGAAUCAUCACCUCGACAAGAAGAGCAUUCACAAACUGGAUCACAAGAAGCUUCUGGUAAUCAUGGGAAGCGCAAGACGAGCCGUAUCUGGUUCCGUCUUCGGUGUAACCGCAUCUUCCGGGCUCACCGCUGCCUGCCCUCCGUUCGGCGUGUCCAUCGCCGUGAAUCUCUGGCAGUUGGGCAUACCGUCAAGGAAUUGCCAUCGCGUCAGAAGGGAGAUAAAGUCCCGUCGAUCGUAUGACGAGUCAUUCAGAAAAGAGGAGGAGGAGGAGUACAAAGCGAAGAAACGCCACCACCCGUUGGUAGAUGUUGUGCUUGGCGUCACCCUCAAGGCCGCGUGCAUGUCAGCGACUUUGGGUAUCAUUGGCUUCGACAACAUAGGAGACGCCUUCGUAGCGAAGUUCGCUGACAAGAUCACCGAUGCCACGUAUGCCGCUGCUUCUGCAGUCCAUGCUCUCCCCGUUUACGGUCAUAUGCCACUCCACAUUCACGUUCCGGAGCAUACCAACGUCAGCAUUCCCGAUCCCACGUCAAUGUUCCAAGAUGCCAACGACAGCGACAUUCCAUGCCCCGCCACGCAAUUAGCGGAAGAACCUCUCAUGGCCCACUCCAUGACUACAGAUACUGUCGACAUGCCAGGCGCUGCUCUGACAAAGAACACUCUAACCGAUGUUUCGGCAACCGUCCAAACUACGACCAUGAACGAGAUGAAUCUAGCAAAUGUAGAUCUGCCGGAAGCACCCGCAACGGCCGAUCUUGGGCCCGGUCAUGAUACUGACUUGACCAGCCCCGCCACCAACAACUCUGUCGCAGCCGGGUCGUCCGUAUCAGGGGCCGAGAAGCUUGAAGUCGAACAUCUGACAACCGAAGUGUCCGGAUCGGGGCCCGAACAGUUUAAAAUUGAAGCGCCUACAUCAACCGCCGAGCAGCUAAAAAUCGACCAUCCUAAAUCAUACGGCCUGAACAACGCAAGAAGCAACGCUUUCGGUCUUGGACAAGAGAUUGGGGAAAAGAUAAGCCAACACGUCGUUGACGAUAGUGUCAAGAUUGUCAUGGAAGCAAAAUGGGACGAUUUGAAAGACCUACACGACAACUGGAAUCUUUCCAUCGCUAAGAUCCUCGGAUUGGUCGUUCUGAUCGCCCUGGUGAAUGAGAUAUUCCAGCCGAUACCGCAUGCAAGCAGCCUCGUUGCGGAAAAGGCUAUCGAUGCCUGGAAUGGUGGACAGUUGAGCCGUGUGGCGGGAAAGGCUGUCGACGCUUUUAAUGAUGGACAGUUGAGCUAUGUGACAGCGCGGCUUGCGCAUAUAGUUGGCCGGUUGUAG